AUGGCCAGCACUCAGUCUACUUCUUCCUCCUCUCAGGGUGGCGCUUCUCUUGGUCAAUGCACUCCUCCAGUCGGCAACGCCUACACUCGUAAGGUCGUCAACAACAACGCGGCCACUUCUGACAGCCAUGACAGCGGCGUCCAGAAGACCGACCAGAACACCUGCGCCGUGAACACUAUUACCACCCCUGGCAGCCCCAACUCUGAUACUCAACUUGCGGCUUUCGCUCCUCCUGCUACCUGCACGAACGUUCCGGCUGGUGGUCACAACCGCAUGGCAUCUUCUGGCCAUAUCAUAGACCAGAAUGCCCAGAUCAUGGACUACAACAGUUUGCCUGGUGCCCAGCCACCUCUCAAUGCCCAGGGACCUGGUGGUGUGCUUGUGCAGCCGUUUUCUCAACUCACUUUUGGCGCCGGCAGCAUUCAGUAUGUCGAGGGCGUUAGCGAUUAUUCUAUUGCUCCCAAUGCUCAGUCAUCUCGCCGUGACUCCGGGUCGAGUCAGUCUUGGAUACACGAUGCCACUGUCACCAACAAAGACAGCGACACCGGUGCCGCCAAACGCUUGCCGCAGGCCACCGGUGGUGCGAAAGCACCCGGCUCCAUGGCCACCAAGGGUGAAUUCGAUAUCACCACUGCUGCUGCCGCUAUCAAAGGCAAGGGCAAGGGCAAGGCCCUUCAGAGUAUUUAUACCCCACGCUCCUCCGCCUCAUCUACUCGAUUCUCUGCCGACCACACUUCCAACCACCACAUUGAAGCCAGAAUCGAAACCCAGGCCGAAUCUGCCAUUGGCGGUUUGAAGUCAUCCGGUUCAAAUGGUGGCUGCGUUCAGCCUCACCUCCGAGGCCGAACCAAUGAGGGCCAGUUUCAACGCCCCGUCAGAGAGCCCGUGACUCCUGGCCCCUCGACGGGCGUUGUUCCUCCCAACAACUUCAGCCGUCACCCGCCUGGUUCCAGCCAAGCUAACUGCAGGCGUUGUCUCGUCAAAUUCCUCCGCCGUCCUUUCAACAUUGGUUCGAACAGUGCCAGCCCUGCUCGCCAUUCUGCUGCACAGCAACAGCACCCAGGCUCGGCCCAGAGUUUCAACCAGACCUUCAGCACGUUCCAAGGCAACGGCUUGGUUCCUCGCGACCGCGCGGCUCGUCAAGCGCCAGUUGACACUUGCCCGUCUGCCGCUACCAGCUUCGGCUCGGCUCAGUUGACUGGUGAUGCUGCCAAUACGGCGGGUGUAAUCGCGGGCCAGGGACUCGUCUCCUUCGCUCCCGCUGGCUCGUUCCGCCCAAUGAACGCGGUGGCCCGGCCCUUUCACCACCCUGAAUUCGACAGCCAGCGGGAGCUGAAGGCGCGGCUUGGAAUAUCUCCAAACUACGCGGGUGACGCCACGAUCGCGCGCAACCAGUCGGCUCCAAUUCCCGACAGCCAGAAUGUGGCGUUCUGGAUUACGAACCUGCCUCCGAGCGUCACCUGCAACGAACUGCUCGGCCAAAUCCAUGGCAUGGGACGGGUUUGGGCCUGUGUCAUUAGCCCUCCGACCGGCAAUCACAUCACCUCGGCCGCGAAGGUGGUGUUUUUUGAACUUGCAGCGGCUCAAAAGUUCUACGCUUACUGCACCAACCCCCAGCGCCGUCUGAUCAUCGGGGGCUACGUUGCGCAUGUUUGCUUGAACCGCACCAAGAAGGCUGAGGAGGACGUUGGCGGCAACCGUUCCCGUGUCGUCAUCAUCAUGGGCGAUCCCUCUUUUGUCAAUCCCCGCACUCUUUUGCGAUGGUUCAACAACCACUUCGAAUACGAGAUCGACGAGAUCAUUACCCAUGUUCUCAACAACGAGAUGGGCCACAUCGAGAUUCGAUUCGGGAGCUGGCGUUCGCAGGCAGAGGCUUCUCGUCAGGCCAUCAAGGCCGUUUACCCGCCCGGCGGCGAACAAUCCCCAGUCUGGGUCUUCCGCUACGGCACCGACCCUUGCUCCAUCUAA